AUGCGUAUGGCACUCCUAUCCAAGAACAAGCUUGGUUUUGUUAAUGGAACAAUCAAGAAACCAGAUGAUGACAGUCCUCUAUUUGGUUCAUGGGAAAGGUGCAACACUAUGAUAAUUUCUUGGCUCAACCGAUCCAUCUCAGAAUCCAUUGCACAAUCAGUACUCUGGAUGGAUAAAGCAGAUGAUAUAUGGAACAACUUGAGAGACAGGUUUGCGCAAACUGAUAUGUUUAGAAAUUCUGAUCUUAAAGAUGAAAUUUUCAAAUUGCAGCAGGGAGACAAAUGUGUUUCAGAUUACUUCACCCAAUUAAAGAUUUUAUGGAAUGAAUUAGAAAGCUUACAGCCAAUUUUACCAUCUUGCACAUGUGGAGCAGCUACACAAGUCAAAGAUACUCGUGAAAGAGACUAUGUAAUAAGAUUAUUGAAAGGGUUAAAUGAUCAAUUUGAGCAUGUAAGAGCUCAGAGGACAACUAGACAGAGGGCAGACUCGAUACAAUCCAAAUUUCAAUCAAAACCUCAACCAAGGUUUCAGUCAAGGAAGAGGCCAAGCUUUCAAUCAAGGAAGAGGCCAAACUUUCAAUCAAGGAAGAGCCGUGGAAACAAGUUAUGCACUUAUUGCAAGAGAACAAACCAUACCAUCGAGACUUGCUAUCUCAAGCAUGGAUUUCCACCAGGAUACCAAACCAGAAGACCAUAUACUGCUGUUGCUGCAAACUUUGUUUCACCAGAAUUCGAUGAUAGUGUACACAAUGCUGAUCCAGAACCUGAACCAGAAUCUAUGAAUCUUGCUUUUUCAAAAGAACAGCAUCAAGAAAUUCUGGAACUUCUACAAAGAUCAAAGUUGGCUCACUCAUCCAACAUGAUUCAAACCCACUCAUCUGCCUUCAAUAUAGGUAACACAGUGUCAGACAUCAACCAACCAGACGAUUGGUUCAGCUAA